AUGACAUCGCUAGAUUUAACUAGAAAUGAGCAAUCUUUAGAACUAAUAGAUAAGAGUUUAAAUGGCCCUACAUCCAAUAGCAAUCUAAAAAAAUGUGAAACUUGUGGUAAAAGCAUCGCUUCAUCCAAGCAAAAUGGUGGUAGUGUAUUGAAGGCCUUGGGCAAUUACUAUCAUGAAGAUUGCUUUACUUGCCGCGACUGUUCAAAACCUUUGAAACCCAAAUAUUUUCCAUAUCAGGCAAGUAAUGAUUCUGAAACCAUUCUACUUUGCCAAUAUCAUUAUUUCAAGCGUCAUGACUUACUCUGUAAAGUCUGUGAUAAGCCCCUUAGAGGACUUUUUUAUACUGCCUUUGGUGCACGCUAUGAUGAAGAACAUUUUUGUUGUUCAAUCUGUAAGGCACCAUGUGGUGUGAAAAAGUGUUUCACUUAUAAUGACCAGCUCUUCUGUAAAUAUCAUUUUUUAAAAUAUUUUUCAAAACGUUGUAAAGGUUGUAAAUACCCAAUUUCUGAUCAAUAUAUUGAAUUUCCAAGAAGUGAAGAAAUACAUUGUUGGCAUCCAGAAUGCUAUGGGAUUCACAAAUACUGGCACGUAACUUUAUCUUCUGAAGCUCUGGCAUUACCAUUGUUUCCCAGGUCUGAAUUUCACCAUGCUAGUGCAGAACAUAAUGUAAGACCAACAGCUGCAGAAAUGGAGAAAUUUAUGAGCACCUUCAAUUUUAUUGUUUCAAAGACGUGGUCUGUGCUUUAUAGGUUUGAAGAAGAAAGUGCUUCCUGUAUAUCGGAUAUGUUCCAAUAUUUAUCCUGUUGUGAUCAAAUUAAAGGUAUAGAGGCUACCGCUUUAUUUGUUUUGAAAGUUGAAUGUUUAUUCAAGUCUUUAGAUAAUUUUGAAGUAUUCAAUGAAUCUCAAGCAAACAACAAUACAUCAGAAAGACAGAAUAAAGAUGAUAACGACGCUACCAGACGUAAAUAUGCCAAACUUCCGAGAAGCCUGACAACAAAAAUAAUGAUCUAUCUGCAAUUGUUGAGGAAACUAGGGACAGAAGUAUACAAUAAAGAGUCCACUUUGUCAUCAUUAAUGUCAAUUAUAACGAGAUUGGCACAUUUUUUAAAGUUACUGACACGGUAUGGUCUCUUCACUUCUCUAGAGAUGAAUGUGAAAUCACACUCUCUGGGAGUACUUCUUAAAUUUCUUAAAGAAAUAGAAAGAAAUGAGAUAUACACUACUAACCCUUUCACUUACAUAAAUGUUCCAAUUGACGCCACGGAUGCCUGUCAUAGUUGUAAGAAGUACAUACAAGAGGAAUGUGUUCAAUUCAAUCAAUUUAGGUGGCAUAUUGAUUGUUUUGCUUGUUCAAACUGCCACUCUGCAAUAGAGAGACCUGACAUCACUGAAUCAACUUUCAGUAGAACUUCUGGCAAGAUAUUUUGCCCUAAAUGUCCUCUUUCUGACGCUGAAUCUCUACCUGGCUUUAAAUAUAUCUCCAAGCUUUCUCAAUUAAUGUUCCUCUUGAAGAUUGCGCUUGUUAGAUCAAAAGUUGUGAUGGAAGCUCACCUAGAAAAGAAUGAAAAUGCAAAACAAAACAAUGCUAAACUAAGGAGAUCUUUAGUGACGCAGGAAACAUAUAUACGAACACUUAACGACAUUAAAAAACUGCGCUCGAGAAGAGAAAGUGUAAGAAUAGGUUAUGAUAAACGAUCCGUACGUCGUUCUCUAAUAUUAGAUACACCAGAAGAAGACCUGAAUGAUUUGCAAGAAAUGCAGAGAAAGGGCUCUUUAAAGAUACUUGACACAAUUGAUAAUGACAGUACUGAAUCAGAAAAUAGAGAGAUGGAGCAUGAUAACGUUUUCAAUAAUACAAAAACUUUAACCUUAGAUGAUAUUUCACGAAUUGUAGCCGCAGAGCAAGCUAGGGAAUUGAGACCAAACGCUUUUACACAUUUUAAUAAAUUAAAGGACGCUGAAGAUGACGAAGCACCUUUUUCCCGAAGAAAAAGUGGAACUUAUUAUGGUGAACUUAGCGAUAGAGAUAUGCAGAUCAUUCACAUUCUAAGUUAUUACGUAUUGUUGGAAAAUAAAACGUUGGUUCAAAACGAACUUCAACUAGCGGAAUUAAAAAUAAGUGUACCUACAACAAGACAAGAAAAGGCAAAUUUCUGGGAGAAGAUGAAGAUCAAAAUGAACAAAGAUUCCAAAAAAGUGGUAGUACGAAAAGUAUUCGGUACUCCAUUAAGUUUAUUAUCAGAAAAAUGGGGCACAGCAUCAGAAUUGGGUGUCGGUCCAUCGAAAAUUAGAAUUCCCACAAUAGUUGAUGAGUUAAUAUCUCUACUCCGUCAAAUGGAUAUGUCAGUUGAGGGUAUCUUCAGAAAAAAUGGUAACAUCAGAAAGCUGAGAGAAAUUAGUACUCUCAUUGAUGAUAAUCCGAAUGAAUUUCCUGAUCUUUCAAAGGUAAAUGCAAUUCAACUCUCUGCUUUGUUGAAGAAAUUUAUAAGAGAUUUACCAGAUCCUAUAAUGACAAAUGUAUUAUAUGAUUUAUGGAUUAAAGCUGCAAAAAUCGAACGUUAUUUUGAAAAGCAAUUAGUAAUAUCGAUGCUUUACGCCUUAUUGCCAAAAUAUAAUAGGAACUUAUUGGAAGUUUUACUAUCUUUUUUACACUGGACAGCUUCUUUUUCCUACAUUGAAAAUGAACUGGGUUCUAAGAUGGACAUUCACAAUUUAUCUACUGUAAUUGCUCCCAACAUCCUUUUUGUACCUGAAAAUUCAACUGGUGGUGGCAAGCAACCCUUGAUGACGAAAGAAUACAAUGAUGAUUUUGCUCAGAAAGAGGGUCAGCACCACUUCCUUGCCAUUGAGAUCAUCGACUAUCUUAUUACAUAUAACGAGCAACUGGCAAUGGUCCCGAAGUUUUUGAUGAACUUACUAAAUGAAGUCAAAUCAAGAAAAAUAGACAGUGAUAAAAAUGAGAUAAGAACUUUUGUUUCAAAGAGUUUACAGGAUGGUACAAUUGAUUUUUCGGAAUUUGAUGUCAAAAACUCCAUCAAAGUAAAACAUUCAUCUACAGCUGUAAUACAAAAUGAAAUGUUACAUCAACAAGUAAGUUUAAUUUAG